CCAAAAUUAGGAAACGGCUAUAUAUGCAAACAAAAUCUUCAAUAAUUUUUACAUAGCACGUUCAGCCCCGUUUCCGGCAUGAAUCGUCUCCAUAUUUCUCUUGCAAUCUUGUGCACUUUAACACUCAAUGCAAUUGUUAUCCAUGCCGAGUCAACUCAGUUAACUCAAUCACCGCCACCAUUUUCAUGUGAUUCCUCUAACCCAUCUACAAAAUCAUACCACUUCUGUGAUACUUCACUAUCAAUUUCCCAACGAGUUGACGACUUGGUGACUCGGUUAACUCUCGACGAGAAAAUCUCACAACUGGUUAACUCAGCAGCGGCGAUUCCUCGACUCGGCGUCGCCGCUUAUGAGUGGUGGUCGGAAGGUUUACAUGGAAUAUCACGUCAUGGAAGAGGUGUUCGGUUUAACGGAACGGUUAGGUCAGCAACUAUGUUUCCUCAGAUUAUUCUUACUGCUGCCAGUUUCGACUCGUUACUUUGGUAUCGCAUUGCCCAGGCAAUUGGAAGAGAAGCAAGGGCUAUAUACAACGUGGGACAAGCCAAGGGAUUGACAUUUUGGGCACCAAAUAUUAAUAUUUUCCGCGAUCCACGAUGGGGGAGAGGUCAAGAAACACCUGGGGAAGAUCCAUUAGUUUCAGGAAAGUAUGCAGUCUCAUUUGUAAGAGGAAUCCAAGGUGACAGUUUUGAGGGCGGAUAUCUAAAAGACGGUCAUCUGCAGAUUUCAGCUUGCUGCAAACACUUUACUGCCUAUGAUCUAGAUAACUGGACCACUUUUAAUCGUUAUGCGUUUAAUGCUCAUGUUACCCUACAAGAUUUGGCUGAUUCAUAUCAGCCACCUUUCCAGAGCUGUGUAGAACAAGGGCAAGCCAGCGGGAUAAUGUGUGCCUAUAACCAAGUUAAUGGAGUCCCAAACUGUGCUGACUACAAUCUUUUGACAAAGACUGCUCGUGGACUGUGGGGGUUCCAAGGAUAUAUUGCCUCGGAUUGUGAUGGAGUUGCUACAAUUUAUGAUCCUCAAAGAUAUGCUGCAUUGCCUGAGGACGCAGUGGCAGAUGUUCUCAAAGCUGGCAUGGAUGUCAAUUGUGGUUCUCACUUGAAGAAAUACACUAAAUCAGCAAUACAACAGAAAAAGAUCAAUGAAUCAGAUGUCGACACUGCUCUUCGCAAUCUCUUCUCUGUCCAGAUGAGGUUAGGAUUUUAUAAUGGAGACCCAAGAAAGCAGUCUUUAGGUAAGAUUGGUCCAGACCAGGUAUGUUCCAAUGAGAACCUGCAGUUAGCCCUUGAAGCUGCAAGAAGCGGCAUAGUUCUUUUGAAGAAUUCUGCAAGUUUUCUCCCACUUUCAAAGACAAAAAUAUCGUCACUGGCUCUUAUUGGACCUAGUGCCAACAGUACAGAAGUCUUUCUUGCCAACUAUGAAGGGCCUCCAUGCAAAAAUAUCACACUCCUCCAAGCAUUUCAGAGUUACGUGAAGAGCACAGCUUAUAACCAAGGGUGUGAUUAUGUAAAUUGUACUAGUGUUAUGCUCUCUGAAACAAUGAAGUUAGCAAGCAGUUCGGAUUAUGUUGUGCUUGUUAUGGGGCUAGAUCAGAGUCAAGAAAGAGAGAAACAUGAUCGAGUGGAUUUGGUGCUCCCAGGACAGCAGCAAUAUCUCAUUACAAAUGUUGCAAAGGUUUCAAAGAAGCCAGUUGUCUUGGUGGUGUUGUCUGGAGGUCCUGUUGACAUUUCUUUUGCCCGAGAUGACCCAAACAUUGCAAGCAUAUUGUGGGCCGGUUAUCCAGGUGAAGCUGGAGGAACUGCACUGGCAGAAAUAAUCUUCGGUGACCAUAACCCAGGCGGAAAGUUACCUGUCACUUGGUAUCCAAAAGAUUUCGUCAGAGUACCAAUGACAGACAUGAGAAUGCGGCCUGAUCAAUCAACAGGGUAUCCAGGGAGAACAUACCGAUUCUACAGUGGACCAAAAGUUUACGAAUUUGGUUAUGGUCUUAGCUAUUCAAAUUAUAGUUACAAGUUCACUUCAGUAUCCCCAAAGACAGUCUCUCUAACUCAAUUAUCUAACACACUGAUUCUCAAAGAUUCCAACUCAGACCCUUACGUGCCAGUAUCAAAGAUAAGCAACGACGCAUGUGAUAAAGCACAAUUCCGAGCUAUUGUAAAAGUUCAAAACAAUGGACAGAUGCAGGGUAAGCACCCAGUUUUGCUAUUUCUUAAAACAUUGGAAGUUAAAAACGGGGAUCCAAUCAAGCAGUUGAUUGGAUUUCAGAGUGUGGAUUUGCGUGCUGGUGAAAAAGCUCAAGUGGAGUUUGUAUUGAACCCUUGUGAGCACCUUAGCAAAGCUACCAGCGACGGUUUGAUGAUAAUUGAAGCAGCAUCUUACAACCUCAUUGUAGGAGAUAAAGAGUAUCCAUUUAAGGUUGUAAUAUAAUGAACCUGUGGAAUGCUCCUUUAAAUUUUAAGGUCAGUGAAUCGUGCCGAUUUUAUACUGAGCUCAGUAGCAUUUCCGGGAAAUCAUGAUGAAUGUUUAUAUGUUAAUCAUGAAAUUAAAAUAGCAUCUGCUUGCAGAAAAAUUAAGGAAAUUAAUAUUGUGGAUUUGCGAA